CGGAGGCGGCAGCCCUCCCCUUCCGUCCCAGCGCGAAGUCACUCCUUGGCGCUCCUGCCCGCCCGGGGGUCACACAGUUCGGGGCUGCUGCAGCCGCCGGUCGAUCUGUCGGUCGGAGCAGCUUCUCCUCCAAGCAGGCCAGGUCGCCGGCAGCUCCUGCACGAACCUAACUUUCCCAUUGGGCGCCGGCGAGGCUGCCCGCCCGCCCCCGCCAGCUGCUCGCGCCCUUUGCCUGCUCCGCCGCCGCCGCGCACGGUUCGCAGAAGUUUCUCCCUUUGUUGGGGAAGCCGCGCGCUUGCUCGCCUUUGGCCACCCGGGACCGGGACGCCAGGGGAGCAGCAGCAGGACAGGUGACGGACGUCCGCGCUCGGUUGGCAGCCGGGUCGCCCAGAAGCCUGCAGCCACUUGGGAAUAUACCAGAUGUUCAGUUUUAUCUUCCUGGAAUCUGAUGAGAAGUUUGGGAUUGGAAGAAACUCACAGUGUGAAUCUCUGCUAUAACUUUUAUCAUAACUAAUCACACUGUCAGUUAAAACUUGCAGCUCUGGGAAAAGUAGUUUCUGACAGAAAAAUUCUCCAGAGAGUCGGUGUUGAUCAGCUGUGCUCUGGGCAGUCAACUAUUAAGAUUUUGACAAAGAGAAUUUGUUUGCGUAUAAAACUCCAAGAUUACUCCAGAGCAGGAGGAGGACUUUAAGUUUUCAGAAAGAGUUUUCAUUUGAAGAUAAAGAAGACUUUUCAAACAGCACUAAAGAUAUUGAUGCCAGCCUUUUAGCAGUGUUGCCAAAAGUUUCUGAAUUAAGAAAACUCUUUGAACCAAACAGGCAGGAUAUUUUGGAAAUGAAAAGGAAAGAGAGGAUAGCUAGGCGUUUAGAAGGUAUUGAAAAUGAUGUUCAGCAAAAUUGUCCUGGGUUAGUCACCCAUCGUUUGUUAGAAGAGGAUACACCAAGAUACAUGCGUGCAACUGAUCCAUAUAGUCCUCAUUUUGGAAGAUCAAAUGAAAAGGAAUUUUCAGAUUCUCUAUUAGAAAACCAGCCUAGAUCCAGGCAUCAAGUAGAAUCCACAGCAGGAAAAACAAAAACCCCUUCUUAUAGUCCUUUAGUCAUGGAUCUCCAAGGACUUGAGUCCAAAGCUGAGAGGAUAGCUAGGUACAAGGCAGAAAGACGUCGACAACUGGCUGAAAAAUAUGGAGUCUCCAUAGAUUCUGAGAUGGAUUCAGAAUAUUUAUCCAAAUGCACAAGGACAAAGAAAGACCAAGAUGUGUCUGAGAAGAAAGUAUUGAAAAGUGGGGAAAAAGAGGAUGAAGGCAAAGAUCACAGUUCUCCAUAUUCAUUGAGGUUUGAGAAUAAGGAGGUGAGGAAUACUGCUUCUGAGUCCAAAGAGUUUCCUGGCCAUGAUGACAAAGAGAAUUCUCCGGAAAGAGAAAAUCUCCAUUUAAAUGAAGGCAGCAAACCAACAGCCCCUGAACCUGGCUUGAUCAAAUGCAAAACACCCUCUGUACCAGAGAGUUCCACAGGUUUCUCACUUCUGGCCUAUGACUCUUCCGUAAAUGAAGUGCCAAGUUUACCAAAGCAACCUCAGAGUGUUUCUCUUUCCUUAACAAAGCCAGGAACAUCACUAAGUCCUUCUCUGAAUGACUCCAAAUUAGGUAGUACAGGGAAAACAAAAUCCGAUUGGUUUCUUCAGAAAGAUUCAGAUGGGGACACAACUUCACUUAUCAACUGGCCCUCCAGAGUAAAAGUUAGAGAGAAACUGGUGAAAGAGGACAGUUCUCGUGGAAGCCUUGAACUUCUCACAGACACUAUGUCUCAAAGAAAAAUUCUCCCAGUACCCGUUUUUGUUGUGCCUCUUCAGUCAGAAACAUCUGCUUUCCAUAGAGUUGCCAGUAAGCCAUUUGAUUUAGCCUGCCAACCAGCACAAGGCUAUGUUCAGCCUGCUGGAAUUGCUCAUACAGCUCAAGUGGUAGCACCUGAAGAACCAAAAAGGAAUCCUACUAGCAGGAUUCCCAUACAGGCCAAUACCAGCUUCAUAACUAGAUUCCCACCAGAUGCUAUGAUGGACAGUGAGAAAUGUCACGUGAUUCAGAAUUAUGGAUCGUCCAAGCUUGAUUAUUCUGGAUUGGAGGCUGAGAAGGAAAGACAAACGGUUCAAGCUUCAGAGAUGCACAGGCAAAUGAAGAGUAGAGAGGCCUACUGUGGAGAAGGUGGAUUUAAGAAAGAUUCAAUUGUGAAGCUAAAGCCUUUGAAAGUUGAGAAGGAUCUAAAGAGCUUUAAGGAGUGGAUGCCUGAACUUAAAAUGAAGAUUCAUGAGAAUGUUGAGAAAACUGAAAAGGUUAUGUACCUGCGAAGUGCUAGAGGGAUUGCUCAGGCCCAGGAAGAGAUUACUGUGAAACCUAAGUUCCUUAUACGGUCCCUAUCUGAUCACACUGGAUCUCCUAAACUAGAAGUUUUUAAAAGUAAAGAACAUGUUACAAAGAACACCAUGCAGUUUCAAAGCACUGAAGGAAAGAUCCCCAAUGGUGAGAUUACUGUGGUUGAUACAAAAGUUUCUGUGGCCCAACUCCGUAAUGCCUUUUUGGAAACUGCUAAUGCCAAGAAGAAACCUGAACUCGAGUCUCAGGGUGAGAUGCAAACAUCAGGUACUGAUUUGUUGGGCAGUGCUCAAAGCGAAAAAAGGUCACGAAAGCCAAGACGGUAUUUUUCUCCUGAGGAAAAUAGAAAGACUUCUGAGAGAUUUAGGACUCAACCCAUAACUUCAGCAGAGCGAAAGGAAACAGAUCGGUCUACUUUCAAUCCAGAAAUGCCAUCUCCUGAAGAUGAAGAGAAAUUAGAUGAAAGAGCUAAGCUGAGCGUUGCUGCAAAAAGAUUGCUUUUCAGAGAAAUGGAAAAAUCAUUUGAUGAUAAAAGUGUUCCAAAACCACGUUCAAAAAAUUAUGCUGUGGAGAGAAGAUUAAGACGGAUGCAAGAUAGGUCACGCACGCAACCUGUUACACCUGAAGAAGUGGUCAUUGCUGCCACUGAACCUACCCCUGCCUCAUGUACUGUGAAUACCCACACUGUAGUGGCAAGAAUACCUAAUCCCACUAUAGUUAAGAGCACUAUACAGCCUACCAGGUUGCAAGCAUCUGCCCACCAAAAAACAUCAGCCAGAGAUGAAAUAAAGGAAGCCAAAGAUGCUGCUGAGCAAGAUCAGUCUGGAGAACCAGAUUCUUCUACCCUGAGUUUGGCUGAAAAGAUGGCCUUAUUCAAUAAAUUGUCUCAGCCGAUAACAAAGGCAGUUUUUGUAAAGAAGAGGGAUCUUAGACAAAGGAGAUUGAAAGCUCGUUAUCAAACUCAACCUGUCACUCUUGGAGAAGUUGAGCAGGUACAAAGUGAGAGCGAGAAGUUCACUCCUCUCUCUCCAACUACUAUAACAUCUGUAUCAACCAUGGUAUCUGCGUUAUCACCAUUAUUUAGUAAAGAUCUCCAUGUGAAGGCAACAGAAGAUCCAAUGGUCAGUAAUCGUGAUUUCAAAUACCAGCCUUCAGUGGAAAGCAUGGAUUUGUCAUUAAGAAACACCCCAAAAACAGAAUUGUGGCAGCCUUCCUUAGAAAUAAGAGAGAACAAUCAACAGUUAAGAGGCCACGAAGAAGCAGAGUCCAAGGAAUUUGCAAAAUGGGAAAUGAAUGGCGUAAGAAAGUUUUCUUUUGAGGAAGAGCCCUCGCAUCCCCUUCCUGAUAAAACAGUGGACUACAACAAAGAGAUGAAAUAUGCAUUCCCAAGAAAAAGCAGCAUGGAAUUGCUUAGCCGACAGCCUCUUUGUCAGCGUACUGAAGAAAAGGUCAUUGACAUCCUGCCAGAGAAACAAGGAGUCAAAGGGCAGUCCUUUGAGGAGUUGAUGGAGUGUGAAGAAAUAGCCAUGGACUCAGCACUGCGAAGAGAGAUUGAUGAACCAUCUUCAGAGUUUAGAGCAGCUGCAACAGAAAGUGUUUCUCAAUCAGCAGCAGUGCUGUCCUGUAGGCAACAGGAAACCUUUGAGCUGUUAGGAAAAGAAGGCUUUAGUGACAGUAAAGCUGAAAUAACAGAGGACAUCCUUGAUGCAUCCAGCAAAACUAUGUCCAUUAAAGAAAGGCUGGCACUUCUAAAGAAGUGUGGUGAAGAAGACUGGAAAACCAGAUUGAAUAAAAAAACGGAGCAUGGACGAGCAUUAGGUGCUGAACGAAAUCCUCAACUACAAGAGAAGGAGCAACUAUUUACAAAGAAGGAAGAAGCAGGAGGUUCAGAUGAUAAAGCCAUAUCUAAGCUUCUUUGGGAACCUGUCUAUGCUUCUACUUAUUCUCCUGCUAUACUUGCUGCCCAUAAACUUCAUUCCUUCAUACCUAUUAAUCAGAGGAAUGUGGAUACCGCUGAAAAUCAAAUGACAAUUGAAGAAAGAAAGCAAUUAAUAAGUGUUCGAGAAGAAGCUUGGAAAGCUAAAGGCAAAGGGGCAUCAAAUGAUUCUACCCAGUUUACAGUGGCUGGCAGAAUGGUAAAAAAAGGCUUAGCAUCCCCAAGUGCUAUCAAUCCACCAACAUCCUCUUUCUGCAACAGACUAAAAUCAACCUCACUUAUUUCAAAACCCUUGGAAGAAAUUGAAGCGAGACCAGAUAUGCAGUUAGAAUCAGACAUGAAGUUGGAUAAACUAGAAACUUUCUUAGGAAAACUCAACAACAAAGUUGCUGGAAUGCAGGAGACAGUCUUGACAGUCACAGGAAAGUCUGUGAAAGAAGUCAUGAAAUUGGAUGACGAAGAAACAUUUUCCAAAUUUUAUCGAUGCAUGAAUUUUCCAGCUCCCUCUUUGCCUGUGGAGUUGGAUGAAGACUUUGACGCCAUAUUUAAUCCCAAUGCACCAAAGUUAAUUUCUUCAGUAGCAGAACACAAACGGGCUGUGAGGCCUACACGCAAAGUCCAGGCUUCUAAGAACCCUUUAAAAAUGUUAGCAGCAAGAGAGGACAUUCUUCAUGAAUACACGGAGCAGAGAUUAAAUGUGGCCUUCAUGGAGUCAAAGCGAAUGAAAGUUGAAAAAAUGUCUGCAAAUUCAAAUUUCUCAGAAGUAGCACUUGCUGGUUUAGCGAGUAAAGAGAACUUCAGCAAUAUUAGUCUGCGUAGUGUUAAUUUGACGGAGCAGAACUCAAACAACAGCGCUGUCCCAUACAAGAAGCUGAUGCUCUUACAGAUCAAAGGAAGAAGACAUGUCCAAACUAGAUUAGUUGAACCAAGGGCCUCAUCACUUAAUAGCGGUGACUGUUUCUUGCUACUCACGCCACAGUUUUGCUUCCUGUGGGUAGGAGAGUUUGCGAACGUCAUAGAAAAAGCCAAGGCUUCAGAGCUCGCAGCUUUAAUUCAGACAAAGCGAGAACUUGGCUGCAGAGCUCCUUAUAUACAGACCAUAGAAGAAGGCAUCAAUACUCAUACUCAUGCAGCCAAAGAAUUCUGGAAACUACUUGGUGGGCAAACAAGCUAUCAGGCGGUUGGAACUCCAGAGGAGGACGAGAUGUAUGAAGCUGCAAUAAUAGAAACAAAUUGCAUUUACCGGCUUGUUGAUGAUAAACUUAUUCCUGAUGAUGACCACUGGGGAAAGAUGCCAAAGUGUACAUUGCUAAAUUCGAAAGAGGUCUUGGUGUUUGACUUUGGAAGUGAAGUAUAUGUUUGGCAUGGGAAAGAGGUCACACUAGCACAAAGGAAAGUUGCCUUCCAGUUAGCCAAACACUUAUGGAAUGGGACUUUUGACUACGUCAAUUGUGACAUCAAUCCCCUGGAUCCUGGUGAAUGCAAUCCUCUUAUUCCAAGAAAAGGACAAGGACGACCAGACUGGGCCAUUUUUGGCAGACUCACAGAACACAAUGAGACAAUACUAUUUAAAGAAAAAUUUCUUGAUUGGACUGAAUUGAAGAAACUUGCUGAGAAGUAUUCCACUGAAUCCACUCAGAAGGAAGAAACUAGAUCUGACACAAAGCCAUAUGAUGUCCUGCUCAUGGUCCCCCUUCCCCAGGCAACCGUCGGCACUGUCUUAGAUGGGAUAAAUAUUGGCCGCGGCUAUGGAUUCAUUGAAGGAGAAGAUGGGAGACAAUUUGAAAUUAUCACUAUCUCUGUGGACGUCUGGCACAUCCUGGAAUUUGAUUAUAGCAGGCUUCCUAAACAAAGUAUUGGACAAUUUCAUGAAGGUGACACAUAUGUUGUCAAGUGGAAAUACCUAGUGAGCACUUCAGUUGGAAGCAGACAAAAGGGGGACUUACAGACGAGGGUCGUUGGCAAAGAGAAAUGUGUGUACUUCUUUUGGCAAGGGAGACAUUCUACUGUCAGUGAGAAGGGGACUUCUGCAUUGAUGACUGUGGAGCUUGAUGAAGAGAGAGGUGCUCAGGUACAAGUUCUUCAAGGAAAAGAGCCUCCAUGUUUUCUUCAGUGUUUUCAAGGUGGAAUGAUUGUUCAUACAGGAAGAAGGGAAGAGGAAGAAGAAAAUACACAAAGUGAUUGGCGAUUGUAUUGUGUUCGAGGAGAAGUUCCUGUUGAAGGAAACUUGCUUGAAGUAGCCUGCCACUGUAGCAGCCUGAGAUCUAGGACUUCAAUGAUUGUUCUCAGUAUCAACAAAGCCCUUAUUUAUUUGUGGCAUGGCUGUAAAGCCCAGCCACAUACCAAGGAAGUAGGAAGAACAGCAGCCAACAAAAUAAAAGAACAAUGUCCCUUGGAAGCAGGAUUGCACAGUAGUAGCAAAGUGACAAUACAUGAACACGAUGAAGGAACAGAGCCAGUGGGAUUCUGGGAUGCCUUAGGAAGAAGAGACCGAAAAGCAUAUGACUGCAUGUUGCAAGAUCCUGGAAAGUUUAAUUUUACACCUCGCCUGUUUAUCUUUGGAAGUUCCUCAGGAGAAUUCUCAGCCACUGAGUAUAUUUAUCCAUCAAGGGACCCCUCUGUGAUUAAUUCCAUGCCCUUCCUUCAGGAAGACCUCUAUACAGCCCCACAGCCAGUUCUCUUCCUUGUUGACAACCACCAUGAAGUAUAUCUCUGGCAAGGUUGGUGGCCGGUGGAAAACAAAAUUGCAGGAUCUGCCCGAAUUCGGUGGGCUUCAGACAGAAAAUGUGCCAUGGAGACUGUUCUACAGUACUGUAAAGGAAAGAACAUGAAGAAGCCUCCUAAAUCUUAUCUGAUCCAUGCUGGUCUUGAGCCUUUGACAUUUACUAAUAUGUUUCCCAGCUGGGAACACAGAGACGACAUUGCUGAAAUCACCGAAAUGGAUGCUGAAGCUUAUAAUCAGAUCAUUCUGGUAGAAGACGUGCUGGCCAAGCUAUGCCAAAAGUUUUAUCCACUUGCUGAUCUCUUAGCAAGGCCUCUCCCUGAGGGAGUGGACCCACUUAAUCUUGAAAUCUACCUUUCAAAUGAGGACUUUGAGGCUGCAUUACAAUUAACUAGAGAAGAAUACAACGCACUGCCUUCUUGGAAGCAGGUGAACCUCAAAAAGGCAAAAGGGCUUUUCUGAAAGGGCCAGAAUUGAAUCAUGGGCUGGAGUUGGAAUGGAACGUGUCCGUUGGCAUCUCUUGGCCAACGUAGCAUGCCUGUUUUCACCCUCAAAAGUGAGAUUCUGUCUGAAGUUACUAGGCUCUGCUAUAUGUUCUGAAGUCAUAUCAUAAUGUAAAUGUGCGACAAGCAUCUUUGGAAGACAUUUUGUUGGGCAACAGUUCCAAAGUAUAGGCCACGUUUAGAUAUUAUGUUCUUUGUACUCUGAGCAGGAACUUUUCUGAUUGCUGAUCCUUUGGCUACUCACACUACGUGUCAUUUGAGUUUUGAAAAUGCUCUUUUUGUAAAGUUUUAUUUUGUUCAAGCUGUGGAUUUUCAAAAGGAUUCGUAUUUAUGUAAACGCAUAGGAGAAGGAUGUAUUUAACAAUGCAGUUUGUAUUAUUCAUUUUCAACACUUUUGUAAAGAAAGUUCCAGGAAAGUAGCUAGACUUAUUAUUUUAUCUUCGACUAUGGCUGAUUUUCAGCUUUCUCCCUUCCUUAUUCUGGAUUUUUUUAAUUGCAAA